GCGUUUGUCAUCAGUUUACAAGCUUUCAGCUUUGUGGAAGAGCGUCUGGCUAACUACUGCUAACUAGGAAAAGCAAACCCAAAGCCAAGUCAAAACCAAACCAAAACAUUCCAUUGAAAAUUUAUUACACCAUCGAAGGUAAAUCUCUGAGAGAAACCAAGAUGAGCCAGCAGGCCAAUCUGCAGGAAGAAGAUCGGGAGCCGAUUUCCCAGGAGAUAAUCGACUCCUAUGUUGGCGUCGAGGAGGAGAGGGCUCCAAGGGAGCCGGAAGACAGGAUCCCAGCUAGAUCCGCCCUCAAGCUGUAUGCCAAGGCUCUCAAGAAAGUGACCAAGGUGCAGAGAAUGCUAGAGCAGGCCAUGGCACUGAUGGCUGAGGAGGAGGCCAAGAACUCGAAGAAGUCUAAGAAACAGCAGAAGAAGCAGGCCAAGAAGGACAAAAAGAAGGCCAAAAAGCAAGCCAAGAAGGCAGCCAAGCAAGGAGAAGGGGAGGUUCCAGUGCCAGGUGAUGAGCCCAUGGAAGACUCUUCUAGCUCAUCCAGCACAAGCUCGUCUAGCUCCAGUUCCAGUUCAUCCAGUUCAAGCUCCAGCUCUGAGGACGAAGAGGGUAACUUCUACGGCUACGGUUGGGGUCGCAAUCCCUGGCGACGAGGAUCCUUUGGCCACCACGGACACGUUCAUAAGCAUGGUCGCAAGCAUGGCCACGGCAAGCAUGGUCAUGGACCCCAUCAUGGUCAUGGACCCCAUCAUCAUGGCCGUCAUGGACAUGGACGUCCGCAUCGUCGCCACUAUGGACCUGCAUCCUACUUUGGACCUGGAGAGUUUCUUGACUAUGAGCGGCGGUCCUACCCGGAACAUUGGGUUAACCGGAGUCAGUUUUUUCAGGGGAUGGGCCUGCCGUGGGCCCUGGACAAUGCCGCGGCCUACCGGAGGAGCCACUCGCUGCCUAGACCUGGGUACGACUUUCGUGGAGAUCUCGGAUUCGGAUUCGGAUUCGGACCCGGACACCGACACGGACAUGGCCACCAGGGUAGACACCAUGGCCGUCGAGUAGAGAGAAGCCGCUCUCGUUCCCGUUCCCUUUCGGGUGAGAAGAAACACUGCGACAGGAAGUCGAGGCGCUCUAGCUCUAGUAGCUCAAGUUCUUCCGAGGAUGAGAAGAAUAAUAGGAAGCGCAAGUGCAAGGGCAAGGGUAAGGGUAAGGGCAAGGACAAGCCCAAGAAGCAGCGCUCAUCCUCUAGCUCCUCGUCGAGUUCCAGCUCCAGUUCGGAUAGCGAUGUGCAGAAGAAGCACAAACACGGUGGUCGUGGUCAUGGUCAUGGUCACCACUUUGGACCUCCCCAUGGCCAUCACUUUGGACCUCCCCAUGGCCAUCACUUUGGACCUCCCCAUGGCCACCACCAUGGACCUCCCCGUGGCCAUCACCAUGAACCGCCCCAUGGCCACCAUCAUAGAGGUCGUAGUCCGUUUCCGGGACCCCAUAAUGGACCACACCAUUUCGGACCACACCGCAAGCCAGAGUUUCCAUUUCCCCCCGGUGAACCCAAUGAAGGAAUAGCUUUUGGACCACCUGGUGACGUAGCUGAAGCAUCGCCGUUCAGAUUCGGUUGGCCUCGUGGUCGUUCCCGGUCCCGUUCCCGUUCCCGUUCGCACUGCCAAAAGGAAAACCAUGAGAGAUCCCACUCCAAGGGUGGGGAAGAAUGUCAAGAUCGCCAGGACAAGAAGAAGGCCAAGAAGGGCAAGAAGAAGCAUGGAACAAAGGAGCAUGGAGAUGGACAUGGAUCGCACCGUGAUUAGGCGAUCUCAUCCAGCAUUGAUAUAUCCUAUAUCCCGUAUUAUUUCCCAAUUAUAUAGCAACCUAUAUAUAUAUAUAUUCUUAAAAACAUAAAACCAAAAAAAAAACAUUUAAAAUUAUAUCAAAAAACAACAAGAAAAACAAAUAAAAACU